AUGGAUUUGGUUGCUGCUCUCUGUCAGUUUCCAGCCGAAAUCAACAAUGUCAUUUUCUCGUAUAUGGAUCUGAAACAACUGGGAGAGUGCCUGCUUGUAUGUAGGCAAUGGCGUGACAACAUUCCAAACUGGAUCCAGGCGCACGACCGAUCGUUAUGUCUCAGCAUGAAGCAGUUCAACAAGGCACAAUCAACGUUACAGCAUCUUGGAAGGGUCGUUCAAGGGAUUCAUCUUCACUGUGGGAGAGACGAGGUCAACUUGCAACAAGUCAUUGACAACCUGAUUGCACUGGAUCUACCCCAUGUGGAUACAUUGGAGUUGUUUUCUAUACCAAUCGGAGGGUCAAGUGUUGUCGAAGUAUGCGAGGCGUGGUGUCAGCUGGGAACCAAACUACGUCGCUUACGACUGACACACAGGGAUGCCGCAAAAGCUCCAAUUGACGUUUCCCCGCUGCUUGAUUGUUGUCCAUAUCUCACCCACCUCACAGUCGACUACCCUCGUUCUCGUGUCCCCUACUACCUCAAGUUCUUUGGACAAGGUCGACAUCUACAACUUCAGUACUUGAAACUCGAAGCUUACAUUGAAAUGCAAGAUUUGUUGUCACUUGUACGACGUUGCCCGGAGCUGCGCUAUCUACGUAUCGAUUGGGAUCAUUCAAUGGACAUGAAACAAAUCUUGGAUGCUUGCCCUUCACUCAAAGGUGUUAGUGUGGAUACCCGAAUCCAUCAUGUUAAGGAUCCAUGGUGGAAGGACCGACAUCAUGUGCCAAUGACAACAACAUCAUCACUACAAGAGCUUGAUUUGCAUGUGAAGUAUGAGGAUUUAUACCUACAGACAGCAACCAUGCUUACUCAACAUUGUGAACAUCUCAAGCGGCUACGUUUGGAUAUCGGCGUUAUUAUUUGGGAAGGAAGGAUAAAGCAACAAGACUUGACUACGCUUGAAUAUGACCCACUACCAGCUCUGGAGGAAUUUGAGUAUCAUAGUGGCUAUCCACUUGUACCAGCCAAAGCAGCCUUUGUGACCCCAUUGCUCAAAAAGUGUCCAAAUCUUAAAUACAUCCGCUUUGAUACCAGUCGCGCUGGUCCUAUCUAUCGUGCGCUUGUUGGAUUUCAUUUACCCUAUCUACGAUGCCUAAGAGUCAGCGACACGGAUCAUGAGAUGGAUGGACUUGAAGAUCUGCUGUUCUCUAUUGCCCAUACCAAUACCCCGUUGGAGCGAUUUGAAUUUGGAGGAGAUGUUUUCAGAUCACAUUUGAUAUACCAGGCACUUGCACAAAUAUCCUCAUUACGGCAUAUCGAAUUGAAUGACUAUGGGACGAGAAGACCACGGGAUAAAAAAGUCAUGACCCAAUGCCUUAGUCGUCUUCGUGGUGAUGGUGUUACCAGCACGCCAGCUACCAGAAAUCUCGAAUCGAUCGAUUUUUUUCAUGUGGAAGGUUUCAUGACGGUCGAAGCAUUUGGUUCCUUGCGAAAGAUAUUCCCUCUCAAACGAGUGGCAUUUCAUCGAUGCGGCUCCAUCAGUGAACGAGGUUUGCGAUUACUAGUGGAUCGGGAGCCACCAUUGGAGUACUUGGAAGUCCACUUGAGCAGCAGAACAAUGGAUGGUGAAUCAUUGGAACCACUUCUCGCUUAUGCUAGAACCAAGAUACCUAUAGUCAAAUCCCCGGGUCCUUAG